AUGAGUGAGAGAGAUCUUGUACAUCAUUACAAAGUUUUAAAACAGUUUCUAGCCAUAUCGGAUGAUCAACAAUCUAGAGCUAAAUCAAGUUCUUCAAGAGCUCAAAGAGCUAGAGAGAAAUUGUUGAAAUUAUCUUCAGCUCAAUUUAAAGAGUUGAGUACCGAUGUUUAUGAUGAAUUAAGAAGAAGAAUUGAUGAAAGUAGAACUGAACCUGAUUAUUUGUUACCAAAAACUUCUUUUCAUCCAAAGAGAAAUCAAGCAAGACAAAAAUUGGCAUCAUUACCUCAAACAAGAUUUAAAGAUUUAGUGGCUGAUAUAUCAUACGAAAUCGAAAGAAGAGAAUUACAUAUAGAACGUAAUCUGCAGCAUUCUUAUAACCCUUCAGUAUCUUCAAAUGGAAGUUUUCAACAACAACAACAACAACAAUCGUCAAAGUCUCAUGAUCGUAAACCGUCAUUAGCUUCACAUGGUUCUAAUAAUGAAUUCACCGGUGGUUUCCAUAGUCGUCUGGCUUCCCAUCAUUUGAAUGAAAAUUUUCCUAAACAAAUUGAAGAAGAAAAAGCUGAAUCUCCAGAAAGCGAAGAUGCCCAUACCACUUCAAGUAAGAAUAUCACAUUGCCAAAUGCAGAAGCUUCUAACCAAUCAAUAGGUAUACAAUCUUCACAAGUGGUUCCUACAAAAGCGAAUAUUACUUGGUCCAGUGAUGAAGAAGAAGAAGAAGAAGAAGAGAAGGAAGAGGACUUGAACCACGAAGACAACAAGGGAACAGAUCAAGUUAAAAGAGAAAUUGUUCCAGAAUCUACAACAUCUGUGUCUCAAGUACAUCCACAACAACAACAACCACUUCAAGAGCAUACCAAAGAUUUGACAACAGAAAAUAACAAUGAAGAGUUAAUGAAAUUGGAAUCUUUGGUUAAAGAACUCAAGGCUAAAUUGGAUGCAUCUGAUUUGGAAAACCUGAAAUUACAAAGUAAACUUCAGUCACUUCAGGAAGAACAUGACUUUUCAGUGAAUCAAAACAAGUCUCUUAGCAAUGAAUUGGAAAGUUUAGGUCAAGAAAAGAAAGAAUGGUUGAAUAAACAAGAUCAAUUUAGUAAAUCUACCAGUGAGUUCCAGGAAUUAACUAAAGAAUUGGAUCGAAUGAAGUCAAUCAAUGCUGCUUUGAGACUCGAAAAUCAAUCUUUAAAGAACACAUCCCCUGUUUCUAGAAAUAUCAGCAACUCUCCUCCAUCUAUGAGAGCCGCUCCUGUUGUAGCAACUGCUGCCGCUGCUCCUGUUGUAGCUGCUGCUACUGCUACAAAUGCUAUUACUUCCACUACUAGCAGUAGCGCUGAUAAUGCUAAGGAUACAUCCACCAACCCUUCAAGCUUAUCUCAAAAGGAAUUGAAGGAAUUCUUGGAGAAAUUAGAGAAAGCACAACCACCAGCAUCAGUGAGUUCUAAUAAUGCCGUUAGCAGUGAAUUGAGAAGACAAGUCAAACAUUGGCAAAGAAGAUAUGAAGAUUCAAGAUCAAAUGCGAUUGCCAAAGAUAUCAAAAAAGCAACUUCAUCUAAAUUUGAAUUACAACCAUUUGUUUCGUCCCAUGGUUUAAUUUCAAUCAAAUUGGUUAGUGAUGCCCAAGCUUUAUUUGAAUCAUUCUUAAGCUACAUUGAAACCGAAAACUUUGAUGCAGAUAUUUUGUUUGAAAAGAUUUCCAAGAUUGCUGUUGUUAUCAAUGAAAUUGCUAACCAAGGUGAUGAUCUGCAACCUGGUUCCAAUGAGAAAUCAGCUGUUUUAAGGGAAACCGUGUCUCAUGCCUUAACUGCUACUAGAUACCACGCAAUUUACAAGCAGUUGUUCCCUCGAUAUAUUGUUGAAAGAUCUAUUGUGGAAGUCAAUUGUGCCCUUUGUGAUUUGGUUGCUAUGUGUAAAUUAAAUAAAAACUCAACAAACUUACGAGUUCUUGACAUUGAUACCAAAACGUCCAAGAAAUUAGCAAAUGAAAGCAUAGCACAACAACGUCCAGUUGAUAACAAGAGAAGAUCAUUGAAUGACGAUUUUGGUGUUAGACCGUUGAGAAUGGCCAAUAAAUUAAAGGUUAAUCAGAGCCAACAAGAAUCACAACAACAAACCAAGUCCAUACCAAAGCCACUUCAAUUACAACCACAGCAACAUGAACAUGAACAUGAACAAGAUGAAUCAUCAGGUUACAACCGUCAACCACAACAGUCAUCAUCAUACCAAAAUUUGAAGAAAGAUCUUGACGAAUCAUCACCAUUUAUUGACACAUCUAAGGAUAAGUCAAUUAAAACCAAAACAACAAGCGCAUUUGCAGCAUUGAGAGAACAGAGAGAAAAAGAAAAGGAUGCGAAAGCAGCAAAGGGUAAUUCAACUACCAACCCAGCAUUGAUGGGUGCCACUACUAUUGCUCUUGCUGCCGAAGGAGCCAACUCAGUUUCACAUAUUCCAAGAGUUGUCACUAAAAAUAGAAGCCCAAAUACUUCUACUGAACUACAUGCUGGUGAAGGUUCCACCAUUCCUUCUAUGAAUGCUGUACAACCUAAGAGAAAGGAAACACAUAAUGUAGCUUUUAAUGAUCAACCUGUAUCUAUUCCAGCCAAUAACCGUGAUAUUUAUGAUUCAGAUUCCGCUGAUACUGAACGAUAUGAUGAUGACAAUGAUGAUGAUUUAACUGUUUCUCCAAAUCAUUUCUCCAAAAUUCAGAAUGAUACCAGUUUUGCCAGCAAUGCUAGCAAUAACUCGAUUAAAGACACCGUUAGCCCUGCCAAGAACUUUGGUGUAAGUGUCAAACGUAAUAUUGUGGAUGAAAGUCCAAUCAAACUUCCUGGUCAUCAAACCGUUGAAACAUCCAGAAAUAUUUCUGCUUAUCCUGAUAAUGGUUUCCAACAGCAAGACUCAUUUGAAGGUAAUAAUAGUGAACCAGCUACGAAGUCUGUCACUGACAAUUCUUCUGAACGUAAUGUUCCUCACAAUGGUUUGAUACAAACUUCAAAUUUUUCUCCUGAACAAGGAAAUGAAGACAACCAACAAGCUCCGCUGCCAACCAGAAGCUUUGCUAGUACACAUAAUACCAGCUUUGAUACCGCAUUAGAUAAUAGUUUUACCAAGAGCAAUGGGUCUAGUAAUCAAAUGGAGAACAGCUCUGAUAAAGUAGAAAAGGAAGAGUCUUCUUUGGAGAAGAGUGCUGAUUCAAUUGAUCCUGAAAUGACAUAUAGGGAAAAGAGUAGCAUUGCUCUGUUGGCAUCUAAGUAUGAAAAUGGUGAAGCUGAUACCUCAUCAUCUUUUAGUAAAAAGUCUCCUCCAGUUCAAAAUAAGAUCAGUGGCAGUAGCCAUGGAGUUCAUGAAUUGGCUAGCAGAAUUAAUUCUCAAGAAUCAACGCCAAGUUCAUACAAUCCAACUUCACCACCGAUCAAAACAUCACCAACUAAAAACAGUAUCCUUGAAAAGGUUAAACAGUUUGAAAGUCCAGGAAGUGAUCAUUUGUCAAAAUCACCUUCUCCACAAAAAUCAAUACAAGAUAAAGUUCCAUUCAAGUCAGUGAGAACUUCAUUAGAUCUGAAUAGAUCCCAAAAGAGUGUUGAUGAACCUAAGCAAUUAUCUGAACCAUUUAGUGCAAUUCAUCUGACAACUAGUGGCUCCGAUUCUAAGAAGGAUACCGGUUCAAGUGUAGUAGCAUCUGCAGCUGCUGGAAUUACUGCUGCCGCUGCAGCCGCCGCCGCCGCUGCUUCAUCUUCAUCCACAUCAUCAGGAUCCACUUCAUCUACUACAAAUCCUGGUAAAGGUAAAGGUUUGUUCCAAGCUUUCAAAGAAAGGUUUACUGGUGAAUCCAGUGCUCAUGAAGAAGAGAAUGCCAAACAAAUAGAUGCUUCUAAUUCCGAUGGUACUAUUUCCGACAAUGAAAAACAAACUGACAAUGUGAUCAGUACUGUUGAAACUUCUCCUCCAAAGGAUGUUGAUGAUGAAAUUGUUGGCAAACUUGUUCCAGUACAAUAUACUACUAAAAAAGAAAAUUCAUUCGAUGCUGAUGAUGACUUGAAUGAUAACAAUACUUCUGGCCCAAAAUCAUUUGUUAGUGCACAACCAAUUGUUCACGGUUCUUCUCAAGGAUCAAUCUAUCAAUCUGCUGAAAGUUCUAAUGCUGCAGACGAAGAUCUUACUUUGCAAAGUCAGAAGAAACAACCUGUAAGCAAGUCCGUUUCCAAACAAGAUGAAGUUAAUGACGAUGACGAUGACGAUGAAGGCGAAGAUGAAGACGAAGACGAAGAUGACAACGACGAAACUGAAGAAGAAAUCAGAGCUAGACAACGUCAGGAAUACAGAAAAUCAAUGGCCGCAGCUACAUUCAAUAUUGACAUGUUUGAUAUUGAUGAUCCAGACAAUACUUUAACCCAGGUUUUACUUUAUUUGGAACAUCAAACUGUUCAAGUAAUUAAUACCAUUCAAUCAUUACUUGCAGCAAUCAAGAAGCCAAAUGCUACCAGAGGUGAAUUGCGUGAAAGAACUAAAGCCAUUACUGUUGUUAUUUCACAAAUGACUGAAGCUACUAAUACAUCGAUGAACCAAACCCGUAAUGCGCAAUUAAAGGAACACGGAAGUUGGGUUGUUAGAAGCUUAGAAGACUGUUAUCAUAGAAUGAAUAACUUGUGCAAACCUGGAGAAAAGCCAGAUUCUUCAUUUGCGGAUAAGAAUUUCAAACAAAGAUUGGCCGGUAUCUCUUUUGAUAUUGCUAAAUGUACCAAAGAAUUGGUUAAAACUGUGGAAGAAGCAAGUCUUAAAGAAGAUAUUGCUUACCUUGAUGCUAGAUUGAGUCAACACUUAGACUAG